AUGAAAGUGUCCGUUGUCCUCAGCUUCUUCCUGGCCUUCCUGGACCCAGGAACUUCUCUUCAGUGUGAGGUUUGUCACAGCAUAGGGAAAAGCUGCUCUGGCCCCAUGAAAACCUGCAGUGGUGGUGAAGAUACCUGUGGCAUCAUUCUGCAUGAGGUCAUGAUAGGGGGGAUGGCAAUCCCUUCAUCCAUCAAGUCCUGCCUGCCAUACAGCAUGUGCCAGGUUGGCCCUAUCACCAUGAACUAUGGGAAGGUAAAAGCAAGGAGCCAGUUGGCUUGCUGCACAGGCGAUGACUGUCGAACCAUCUCUGUCUCAUUGCCACCAGAGGACAAUGUGCCCAAUGGAUACCAGUGUCCUGCCUGCUACAGCGUGGACUCCUUUCAGUGUGGUAAUGAAAUCGUGAACUGCACUGGAUCUGAAACCCAGUGUGUUGACCUUGCUGGGUUAAUGAAUUCUGGUGGCCUGUCUCUGAAAGCUGCCAUGAAAGGCUGCACCACCAUUUCUGAAUGCAAUAUUGUAGGAGAUGGAAAAAAUAAGCUGGGGAUGAUGGACAUAAAGUUAAGGCGGUUUCAAUGUAAACAAGCUUCUGUUUUGGCCAGAGUGAACUCUGGGUUUGCCCCUUCAGGCACCCUCUUCCUUCCUGUUCUGUUAGGCUUUAUUCUGGAGAAGGUUCUUCUCUGA